AUGAUUAUCUGGAUAAUAGUUAAUCAAGCUCAAGCAAAUUGUCAAAAUGAUACAUCAGAAUCAAAAUUUAUAUAUCGACGUGUUUGCUAUUUUGCUAAUUGGGCAGCUAAACGGACUGAUAAUAUUAGUCGUUUAACUCCUGAAGAUAUCGAUCCAUUUUUAUGUACACAUAUUAAUUUUGCUUUUGGUAAAGUACUUGAAAGUUUAACAAUAGCACCAUAUGAAGAAGAUGAUUUGAAAGGAUGGACUCUAAAUUCAAAAGGCAUGUAUGAACGUGUAUUAACACUUAAAGAAACUAAUCCUGAUCUACGUGUUUUAUUGAGUGUUGGAGGAUGGUCUCAUGCAUCACGUGGUUUUAAUGAUGUAUCAAAAAAUGAUGCUAAUAUAAAAACGUUUGUCAAUAAUAGUAUCAAAUUUUUACGAGAUAAUAAAUUUGAUGGAUUGGAUUUAGAUUGGGAAUAUCCCGGUGCAAAAGAUCAAGGUGCAGAACCUCAUUCUAAAACUGGAUAUACAAAAUUAGUUAAGAAAUUGAGUCAAAUGUUUCAACAAGAAGCUGAAGAAACAGGAAAAGAAAAAUUACUAUUAACAUGUGCUACAGCUGCAGCACGACAUCGAAUUGAAGCUGGUUAUGAAGUUAAAGAAGUUUGCAAAUAUUUUGAUUUUGUAUCUGUAAUGACAUAUGAUUAUCAUGGUAGUUGGGAAGGUAAAACUGGACAUAAUAGUCCAUUAUAUGGAAUGCGUAAUGAAAGAAAAAAAUUUCGUGAAUGGAAUAUAAAUAGUUCAAUGAAUGUGUGGGUUGAAUUAGGUUGUCCAAAAGAAAAGUUGAAUGUUGGUCUUUCAGCUUAUGGAAGAGCUUUUUCAUUACUUCGCGAACCAGGUUUAACUAAUAAUAAAUCAAUGCGAAAGAAAAAAACAUCGAUUGGAUUAAAAGCAGGUGCUGCUGAAGCUGGAAAAUAUACACGAGAAGCAGGUGUUCUGUCUUAUUAUGAAAUUUGUGAAUUGAUUCAAAAAAAUCCAAGUAAUCGUGUAUUAUGGCAUCGUGAAAUGAAUGUUCCAUAUGUAUCAAGUGAAAUAUUAUGGAUUGGUUAUGAUAAUAUUCGAAGUGUUAAACUAAAAAUGCAAUUUUUAAAAGAACAUGGUUAUGGUGGAAUAAUUAUCUGGUCAUUAGAUUUAGAUGAUAAAACAGGUGAAUUUUGUAAUGAAGGUCCAUUUCCAUUAUUCAAUGCAGCUAAAAAUGAAUUAUUAAUUAUACCUGAGCAUUUAUCUAAUGUAAAUAAAAAAUGUCUUGAUGAUAAUAGUACAUUAUCACUUGACCAACUUUUUUCACAAUCGAUAACAAUAACAGGAAUACAUCGAAAACUUAUUACAAAAUUAUUAAAACAUUUUUUACCUGAAGAUAAAUCAUCACGUUUAUCAAGUGAGAUGGUGAAAUAUUUUACAGAAUUAAUAUUUAUAUUUAUUCAUCAAGCAUUGACACGUACAAUUCAACAAGCAUCAACAGAAGGAACAAUUCACGUUGAUAUUCAACAUUUUGAAAAAAUUUUAAUGCAAUUAUUACUUGAUUUUUGA